AUGCCCCGCUACGAGCUGGCUUUGAUCCUGAAAGCCAUGCAGCGGCCAGAGACCGCUGCUGCUUUGAAGCGUACACUAGAAACCCUGAUGGACAGAGGGGCUGUGGUGAGGAACUUGGAGAACCUGGGCGAGCGUGCUCUUCCUUAUAGGAUCUCCGCCCACAGUCAGCAGCACGCCAGGGGAGGGUAUUUCUUGGUGGAUUUUUACGCACCGACAACAACUGUUGAAGGCAUAAUGGAGCAUUUGUCUCGAGACACUGAUGUGAUUAGACCAAAUAUUGUAAAACACCCUCUGACCCAGGAAGUGAAAGAGGGUGAAGGGAUCGUCCCAGUCCCACUUGAAGAAAAGCUGUAUUCCACCAAGAAGAGGAAGUGA